GUUUCUGCGAAGAGGAAAAGACAAAUCAUACUGUACUCUCUUCUCAUCCUGUGACGUCUAAUGAGCAGUAAAGCCCAUUAAAAGAGGCUUUAAUAGCAGUGAUGUAUGCAGAUGCUUCCACACCCACAGAGAGCCAGAGGUGGCAGCAAGGCAGUGAGAGAUAACCAGCGAUUAGUUUGCCACUUUGGUGUCUUGCUCAAGAAAACUCCAACAGAUAUGGACACAUAACCUGCAACCUGCAACAGUUUAAGGCUGGAGUCUCUGUGAAGAAGGCCAACCUGACACUGCGUUCCUGCCAGCUCAACGACAGGUCAACUAUCAACUGUAAAGUCUUUUAGCUUAACGACCGCAGGAUUACAACAGCAGCCUGCAGAAAAGAGGAGGAAAAACUAAAAGACAACAAGAAAAAACAAAAAAAGGAGAAUGCUGAAGAAGUUGAGCAGAGGAUUGUGGAACUAUCGCAGCUUCGCCCUGAUCGUCCUUACACAGCUGCUGCUGCUUCCUCUUCCUCUUGUCGUCGGGACAAAGGAGGCAGAAUGUGCCUUUGUAUUGCUGCUAAUGGCGACGUACUGGGUGACAGAGGUGAUUCCCCUGUCCAUGACUGCCAUGUUCCCCGCCAUCCUCUUCCCCAUGUUUGGCAUCAUGAAGUCCUCGGAUGUGGCGAAGGAGUACUUUAAAGACUUCCAUUUCUUGCUGGUAGGCAUCAUCUGCCUCGCCACGUCCAUCGAGAAGUGGGGUCUCCAUCGCAGAACCGCCUUGAGGCUGGUCACCAUGGUGGGAGUCAACCCCGCAUGGUUGAUGUUGGGCUUCAUGUCCGUCUGUGCAUUCCUCUCCAUGUGGGUCCAAAACACAUCGGCUGUUACCAUGGUGAUGCCCAUCGUGGAGGCUGUUCUCCAGCAGAUCCUGAAGGCCAAUGAGGGAGGCGGUGCCGGCGAGGACAACCCCAACCUGCAGCUGGAUGAAACUGACAGCCACAUUGAAAAGAUGAAAGAAAUUGUGAGUGACAAGAAGCAUCCAGAUGUUCCUGAAGAGACCUUCACUUGUGUUCAAAUACAGACAGUGUCCCAGCCUGUUGCAGCCCAGGAUGCUGUGUGUCAGCCUGAAGCUCCCAGCAAGAGUAAACCGGACCUGAUGAUGUGUAAAGCCAUGUGCAUCGGCAUUGCCUACUCCGCCAACAUCGGAGGCAUCACCACGCUGCCCGGCACCUCGCCCAACCUCAUCUUCUCCGAGUACCUCAACCAGAUUUACCCGAACUGCGACUGCAUCAACUUCGGGAACUGGCUCCUGUUGUGCCUGCCCAUCAGUGUUAUAAUGCUGCUGCUGACAUGGAUAUGGCUGUACUGGCUCUUCAUUGGCUCAGACUUCAAGUUCCUGUGGCGAUGUGGAGGAGAGCAGUCUGAGAAAGAGAAAGCAGCAAGAAAAGUGAUAGAAGACGAGUACAGGUCGCUGGGACCCAUGAGUUCUCAGGAGAUCAUCACUGGGGUGGUUUUCCUGGUGAUGGUGUUGUUGUGGUUGACCAGAUCUCCAGGUUUCAUGCCCGGCUGGGCUUCUCUCUUCCCUCAUCACUCGGGCUACAUUACCGACGCCACCGUGGCUCUGCUGCUGGGCCUCCUCUUCUUCAUCGUACCUGCCUACGGACCCUCCAGAAAAUAUGAGGCCAUGAUCUCCUGGAAGGAGUUUCAGGCCUCCAUGCCGUGGAAAGUGGCCCUGCUGGUUGGUGGAGGCUUCGCACUCGCUGAAGGGGCAAAGGAGUCAGGCCUGUCUUUGUGGGUGGCCGAGCUGCUGACACCUCUGGGUGAUCUGCCAGUCUUGGCCACGAUCGCGGUCGCCUGCGUCAUCGUCACCACGGUAACAGAGGUGGCCAGCAAUGCCACCACCAUCACCAUCUUCCUCCCCAUCCUCUCUCCUCUGGCUGAGGCCAUCCACGUUAACCCGCUGUACGUCCUGAUCCCCACCACCCUGUGCACAUCCUUCUCCUUCCUGCUUCCAGUGUCCAACCCGCCCAACGCCAUCGUGUUCGCCUACGGACAUAUCAACAUCAUGGACAUGGUGAAGGCAGGGUUUGGCGUCAACGUGAUCGGCGUACUUGCUGUCCUGUUGGCCGUGGCAACGUGGGGAGUUCCAUUAUUCUCUCUGAAUACGUACCCUGACUGGGCGGAGGUCCUCCCCGGGUUCAACUCCACAACACCGUGAUGAUGGAUCACCAGGCGUGGAUCUCAUUGUGAGGCUCAAUGACCUCCAGGGGCCUCUUAAGGGGGCUCCAAGGAGGCUCCUUAACGCUGCUCAGGAGGAAUAGGUUAAUGUGUUUUUACUCACUGAAUCCUUAGAGAACGUAUUUAUUGUUCUUUAGUGGUUUCACUGCCUCCUCUCCACUGACAGCACAUUCAAACAUUUAGGAGCCCCUGUUGUAAGACUGGUCAUCCAGGUUGUAUAUAACAUCUAUGUUUUUGUCCUUAAGGGUUCUCUGUAGAUGUUAAUUUUUCUAAACCUAAGCACUGUAAUUAAAGGAUUAGUCUGGUGUUAUUUAAUUUUCUUGCUGAACAAAUCCCAAGUGCAGACCCAAACCAACAAUGAAUUGAUCCUACUAACAAGUAUUGUGUAUGUAUCCAAGGCCUGAUACAUCUCAUGCCAUAAAGCUCCAUUGUCCAAAAAAAUUUAAAAAAAAAACAUCACAAUUAAAAUCACAGUCACAUGACAUGUUCCUUCACCAUGAACACACACACUGUAGUAGUUUAUUUUGACUGAAUCCCAUAUACACCGUCCUGCUGCUGGGAAAACUCAUUAAAGCACUGAAUGUGGAUUAAUACGCCGCAGAAAAUAGUUCCCAACAACUGCACUAUUUCCUCCUGUUUGAGUAACGUUUGUUAAAAGCUACAGUGAGCAGCUGUUUUAGGAAAGAAAGAGUCUUUUUCAAAAAUGAAACUAUGUAUUUGUGAGGCGUUUUUACAGAUUUACGUCUUCAGGAGGAACCAAAGCCACGUACCAAGUAUUGACAGAUGGACUAGCACAUUGUUGGUUUUGGUCUUUUCAUGGGAUUUAUUGACAAUAGGAAAAAUACAGAAUAUCACCAGAGUCACACAUUAAGAGUGUGGCAAAAAGCAUCUUGAGAGAAUACCUUUCUUAAAGGUAGUCACUAGGUAUGUGUCAUGAUCUGUUUGAAUUCAAAAUUGUCAGUGAAUAAGUGCAACAAGCUGUGCCUUGUUCUCCAGCGGGGGUGAGGACGUUCCUCAAAUGUCCCUGUGUUUGCAGACUUUGUAAAAUGCAGCUGCCUUGUAGCGUUAGCUUGUCACCUGUUAGCAGGCAGCGGAGGCACCUUGAAACAAUGGAACACGAUCACAUGUGAAAUUGACUGGUGCGCUGAGGCAAAAAUGGUUGUAAACAUAAACUAGAAUGAGGGAUCAGUCCCAACCACACUCUCAAACUGGCUGGACAUUGGAGAGCCUUAAAGUUCAACUACAUUGAACUUGCAGUGGGAUCAAUUUGCAGCCGGCAUUAAAUAUGUCUCAUCCCGUUCCUCAUAAAAAUGAAUAGGGAGAGAAAUCCUGUGUGACCACAGUGUAUUUUAGGAUAGGCUACGUGGGUUACAUUUGAAUUCAUUUAAAUUAAUUACAUGUUAUUUCACAUUCAUUCUAACUGGAUUUUUUUCUUAAAAGUGACACUUACUAUUUCCAUGGGCUGGUGGCACAGAGAAGUGGUAGUUGGACUGAACGCUCUCUGCCAAAUCUGUUUCACAUGCAUAACAGAUCCUCAGCAAAACAAUACAACAGUCUGAACCAGUCAAUAUUUGUAUUCACUUGUGGUGAUGAACCCAAAGAGAAUUGUCACCACCUCUGCAGCUCCACAGAGCUUUUUAGCCUCUUUUAGCUGCUAGCUUUGGUUUUGCGGCACAAACAAGCUCUGGUAAGCCCACUGUGCACUACCUGCCCUGCACCAAACAGCAGACAGACACUGUUAGAGACCGGCUGGUGAAGAAAGUGGAACAUUUAGCAGCUAAAGAGCCAUUUUUAUUCUAUUAUUUUUCUAAGAAGUUAGUGGAGACCAAACCAGAGCUAAAAGGAGAGUGAAUUUUGAACUUAUAUUCAUAUCAGAUGGACCACUCCAAUUGAUCAUGUUGCUCUGCUGGAUAUGGAAGUAGGCAGCUGUUUACUAACAUGUUAGCCCCAACAAAUUUAUAAACUGAUAUUUUGUCAGAUGUUGUGUUUACAGCUCGUUCUGCUGCCCCAAAGUGGUCAAAGUAAAUAAGAGAAAGUCUUUAAAAAAGGAUUGGGAGGAUGAAAUCAAACCAAAUGAAUAUUUUUGCUGCCAAACUGUUAACUCUUAAAAAUGUUAGAUUUUAUAUUGAUAUAUAUAUAUAUAUAUUUAUUAUAGAAAGUCAAUGAUGAGUGUCUUUUCAAACUUAUCAGCUACUUUUGUUUUUGUUUCUUCAUUUUAUUUUUGUUGUUUCUAUUUGUGUGAAUUUAAUAGAGUUUGUAAAUUUAGAAAAACUUGUUCCUCAGUGUGUUCCUCAAUGUAGUUCUGAACAUACACUGAACCUGCACUGUAAGUACUCUGCUACAGUAUAAUUGCUGGGGUGUGGCGUGAGUAGAAGCAGCGAAUGAAAAUCAAACGAGCCUGAAACUGGACAAGACUGAGAAUAAAAUGUCAGCAAUUAAAAACACAAAGCUGUUUUAAUGUUCUGUACCUCCAAUGUGGUGACAGCAUGACACACACACACACACACACACACACACACACACAGGUUGUGUGUCCUGCUGUUUGUUGUUUCUAUAUGUAUUUGUUGCCUUUGUUGCUCUAUCAACUCCUUCUGUAUUUAAAGUUCUGACUGAUCAGUGGUAAAAUACACCAGAGAAACACUGACCUCUAGUGGCCACAGUUUUAGCCUAUAAACACAGGCCAUUUGCAUAUCCUGUUUAAAUAUACAGAAUGAAUAUAAUACACCUAUUAAACCAAUGCUAAUUCAGCAGCCCUGCAAUAAAUUCUUCCUUCAUGAAGGUUUGAAUGCAGUGUUGAUUGAGCUUUAUGGAAAUAUUGGAGGCUGCAGUUUGUGCUGAACUGUGGGCAUUUCUAAUAUUUUGUCCACCCUCAUUAAUGUAAGUGGACAAAUUAUUAGAAUGUACUGCCAUUAUUAAACAUUUGAAUUCCUCUUUUUUAGCCGGUCAUACAGCCAUAUUCAUGAACUUAUGUGACUAAUACAUUAGCCACAUAAUAUUAAGAGAAAUAAUUGAAUAAAUAGUUAAUUAACAGAUAAAUGAAAGAAGCUCAUAGGAUGUGUAUGAUCAAACAAGUUUUAGAAAAAAGAAGGUAUUUUAUAUACAUGUAUACAUGUGUACAUAUAUACUCACACAUAUACAGACGUAUACUUAUGCACAUUAUAUACCUUCAUUUAAAAAUAAAUAAAUAUAUCAAUGCCUUCAUACAUUA